AUGCUCUUUCUCCCUCAGAUCAGUCUCGCUUUGAGCGUCUUCUUACACUUACAACCCGCGAUUGCAGGUGGACCGCGGUGCAUCCCCGAGACCGUGAGAACUUCAAGCGGUAGGAUUAUAGGCCAUGCCUCAUCAUGGCAGCCAGAAGUAUCCGAAUACUUGGGAAUUCCAUAUGCUAAGAAGCCGAAACGGUUCGAAGCCGCAAAGCCAAUUAAAGGGUAUCGACACAGGAUAAUCAAGGCAGACAAAUCUUGCCCUGCGAACCUUGCUACGGUCAAUGCGAGCGACACCUCAGGAGCAGGGAAAUUGCUCCAAGUGCUGAGCCAAGUCAAUGAAACCUCAUCUGAGGAUUGCCUGCAUCUCAAUGUAUGGACGAAACCGCAGGCAGGCGAAAAGAAAAAGGCGGUCAUGAUAUGGAUCCAUGGCGGAGGCUUCAACACUGGAAGCGGGGCCUCCCCGGUAUAUAACGGCGCUCGAUUGGCGAACGAUCAAGACGUCGUUGUGGUCAGCAUGAAUUACCGUUUGAACAUCUUCGGCUUCCCUUCUGCACCAGACCUCGCGGCACAGAACCUUGGUUUACGUGACCAGAGACUCGCAGUGGAAUGGGCCCGUGACAAUGUGAAGGCCUUCGGCGGCGAUCCAGAUCGCAUGAUCUUGUUUGGGGAGUCCGCUGGCGCCGCAUCAGUGGACCUCUACAGCUACGCCUAUAAGGAAGAUCCAAUUGUGACCGGCUUUAUCGCCCAAUCCGGGGUGGCCAGUAACCGAGGAGUAACAAUCGACACCGUCAGGGACGCUUGGUACGAAGCAAGCGCGAAAAUCGGCUGUGGAGGAGCAUCAGUAGGCAAUAAAACUGUUGCGUGCAUGCAACGGAAGACGACUCAACAAAUACUGGAUGCGACCAGACCCAAUGGAACGGUUCCAGCACUCGGUUCCACUCCCUUUACCCCCGUCGCGGAUGGAGAUAUCGUCUUCUCUGACUACGAAGCCAGGCGAAAUCGAGGGGAUUUCAUUCAAGCACCUGUGCUCAUCGGAAACAACGAUAACGAAGGGGGAAUUUUCAUUGUCAUCGCAAAUGCUGCCGGAUCGCCGGUCAAUGUCAACGCCACGCUUGCGAUUGUCAACCAGCAAUUUACGUGCGGAUCGAAAGCUGCGGUCAAUGGGCGAGUCAACGCCGGCGUGCCUGCUUGGCGAUACCGGUACUAUGGCGAGUACGAUAAUCAAGAUAUCGGUGUCAAAGGUGCUUGGCACGGAUCGGAGCUUGCCAUGGUCUUUGGAACGGCUGAGCUCACGAGCAAAGAGCCCAACAGUCCCGAGCAAGAUCGCCUCAUGAAAAGCAUGAUGUCCGCGUGGGCGAGUUUCGCAAAGAAUCCGAGUGGAGGAUUGACCGCACUCGGGUGGCCUGCGUACAAAGAUGACGAACCGACACUGGUUCGACUUGGGAAUGAGAAUGCCGCUGAGCCCAAUUUCGGACCCAAUGCUGAACACGAUGGAAUCUGCGGAAAUUCCACGGCGACCAGACGCAGUGUGAGGAGUGAGAAGAGGUUGGAACGGUUCCUGUUCUAGGUAGGUAUUGUUUAUUUUCGCCGACGGUCCAUUGAUCUGUUGACGUAUUCGGCGCGAUGGUGUGUCGCUGGAGAUGGAUCUCAUGAGUCAGGACUCGUUAAUUGAGAGAUUUAAGACUGUGCGAGCCGCGAGGAAAUUUGAACCGGGAUCAAGGGUUUAAUCCGAGGACUGAAUGCGACAUCCCGACAUGGAUGGGUGAGUACUAACUAUUAAGUCGUGAAGUUGUGAUGGCACGAUC